CUCAGUGUAUUCUGGGAUUUGCACUGAGAUCUUUAAGGAGGAAUCUGUGAUUCAUCAGAGGAAAGUCUACAGCUUCAUCCAUCUGAGCGUUCAAGAGUUUCUCGCUGCUUUCUUUGUGUUUUAUCAUUAUGUAAUAAUACAUAUUGAUGCAUUGCAGUUUUGUGAUGUGAUACAUAAUCUGCAUAGAGAUGCUGUAGAUAAAGCCCUUGAGAGUAAGAAUGGACACCUGGAUCUGUUCCUGCGGUUCCUGCUGGGCGUCUCACUGGAGUCAAAUCAGAGACUCUUACAGGAUCUACUGACACACACAGAGAACAGCUCAGAGAGCAUCAGGAGAACCACACAGUACAUUAAAGAGAAGAUCAAAGAUGGACAUGGACUCUCCACUGAAAGAUCCAUCAAUCUGUUCCUCUGUCUGCUGGAAGUGAAAGAUCAGACUCUGUCCAGAGAGAUUCAGGAGUUUGUGAAAUCAGACAAACACUCAGAGAAGAAACUCUCUCCUGCUCACUGCUCAACAAUCGCCUACAUGCUUCAGAUGUCAGAGGAGCCGCUGGAUGAGCUGGACCUCCAGAAAUACAACACAUCAGAUGAGGGGAGAAGAAGACUGAUACCAGCUGUGAGCAACUGCACAAAAGCUCUUCUUGCUGGCUGUAACAUGACUGCUCAGGACUGUGAAGUUGUGUCAUCAGCUCUACAAUCCUCAAACUCUGUCCUGAGAGAGCUGGAUCUGAGUAACAAUGACCUGCAGGAUUCAGGAGUGAAGCUGCUCUCUGAUGCACUGAAGAGUCCAAACUGUCAGCUGCAGAUACUGAGUUUUGCUGGCUGUAAUAUCACUGCUCAGUGUUGUAAGAGUUUGUCAUCAGCUCUACAAUCCUCAAACUGUGUCCUGAGAGAGCUGGAUCUGAGUAACAAUGACCUGCAGGAUUCAGGAGUGAAGCUGCUCUCUGAUGGACUGAAGAGUCCAAACUCUCAGCUGCAGAUACUGAGUCUUGCUGGCUGUAAUCUCACUGCUCAGGACUGUGAAGUUGUGUCAUCAGCUCUACAAUCCUCAAACUGUGUCCUGAGAGAGCUGGAUCUGAGUAACAAUGACCUGCAGGAUUCAGGAGUGAAGCUGCUCUCUGAUGGACUGAAGAGUACAAACUGUCACCUGCAGAUACUGAGGUUGUCUGGCUGUAUGGUGACAGAGGAAGGCUGUGGUUAUUUGUCUUCAGCUCUGAGUUCAAACCCCUCACACCUGAGAGAGCUGGAUCUGAGCUACAAUCACCCAGGACACUCAGGAGUCCAGCUGCUCAAACACAAACUGGAGGAUCCAGACUAUAAACUGCAGAUACUCGAUUUGGAUCAUGAAGGCCAUUUCAGAAUCACACCAGGACUGAGAAAAUAUGCCUGUGAUCUCACACUGGAUCCAAACACAGCAAACACUCAACUCAUCCUGUCUGAGGGGAACAGGAAGGCAACACGUGUGAAAGAACAUCAGUCAUAUCCUAAUCUUCCAGAGAGAUUUGAGAGCUUUGAGCAGGUUCUGUGUGAAGAGAGUCUGACUGGACGCUGUUACUGGGAGGCUGAAUGGAGUGGAUCUAAGGCUCAUAUAGCAGUGACAUACAAAGGAAUCAGCAGGAAAGCAGGGAGUGACUCUUGGUUUGGAUACAAUGACAAAUCCUGGAGUCUCUUCUGCACUGCUAAUGCGUUCACUUCCUGGCACAAUAAUGUCAGCAAUACCAUAUCUGUUCCUUCACCGCUAUCUACUAGAGUAGGAGUGUAUCUGGACUGGCCGGCUGGCACUCUGUCCUUCUACAGCGUCUCUGACACACACACACUCACACACUUGCACACAUUCAACACCACAUUCACUGAACCCCUCUACGCUGGAUAUGGGAAGUUUGAUUCCUCACUGUCUCUGCGUCAGAUUAAUAAUCUGCUCUGAAAAACAACUGAGACAAACAGAUUGUCUGCUUCAAACUAUUUUAUUUUUUUUUUUGGUUUUUCUCUUUCUUACAAAAAACAAUGGGUCUCAUUUACUAAUAAUUGCAUAGAUUAUUUUUAAUUAUAUGCACAUUCAAACUUCUUAAGAUAACAUCCCGCCUAAUUUACAACAUGUGCAUACACACAUGAAUUUGUUCUUAACCUUCAUCCUAAUGUUAGUGAAUUUGGAGUAUUCUUUCUGCACAACUUUUCCUUUACAGCCUUUCAUCACUCUUGUUAAACAUACUCCACACCCUCAUUUGCUGCUCUCUAUAGAUGUGCUCUCGUCACAAACACAAUAAACACAUUUUAUACAGACCCAGUUAACAGACUUCUCAUUAACCGUCACAGGUAAUUUAGAGCAAUGAUUUUUCCCAAAAAUGAAAAUUGUGUAAAUUAAUCACCUUCAUGUUCCAAACCUAUGUGAUUACUUGCAUCUGUAAAACACAAAAGGAGAAAUUGUGCAAUACAAUUUUGAAAAAAUGUCCAAGCAGAUCUCAUUUAUAUCAUGUAAAUAUAUAGUGACCAGUUGUCAAAUUCCAAAAGCACAAAACACAUGAAUGAGAUUUCGGACAUUCUCUCUCUGUAGGUUGUCUGGCUGUAUGGUGACAGAGGAAGGCUGUGGUUAUUUGCCUUCAGCUUUUAUUUGUCUUGAGUUCAAACCCCUCACACCUGAGAGAGCUGGAUCUGAGCUACAUUCACCCAGAACCACCAGGAGUCCAGCUGCUCAGCAAGAGACUGAAUGAUCCACACUGCUCACUGCAGAUUCUCAAGUAUGUGGGGCAGUUAUGACUCAUUUGUGUGUUUGUUUGUGUGAUGGGGUCAACAAACAGCAAUCUUCUGAGAAAGUUUGAGAGGCGUGAGCACUGAUUUUACAUUUUAAAGGUUGUAAAUCUAGAGAAAAAUCAAGACAUUCAUAAUUCAAUUAUUUUUUUAUCCAAAGCUUUGAGAGCUUUGAAAUCA